AGUGUUGAAUAAAGUGAGCUGCAUGACUUUUCAUUUUUGGUGCCUUGUCAUCUUAGAAAAACUCUAACAGAAACAGCUGUUGUAAUUUUUUGAUUCUCUUGAGUCUUGCAGUCUUGCUGGAUUUCUUGCGCCGGAGCCAUCCGGAACUUCCAUGCACUGAUCUCCUUUUACUUAUUAUUAUUUUAAAAUUGUUUGAUGUUUUCCUUCUAAGUAGUGUUAGUUAUUACUGGUAUGAGCAGUUCGGUUGCGUGAAUUCUUGAUUUGAGACUGUCGUAACUCCUGUAAGGAUAAUACGGGGUUACGUUACCCUGGCGCUGCGUGUUUUAACUCGAAGACGACGAAGAGUGUGUGGCUGUAUGUAAAGAUCCUUUGGGGAAUUCUGCAACGACAUCAGAAGUUACAGUCUGAGCCAAACGCUUAUGAACUGGAUCGCGACGCAGUUAAUACUCAUUUCUGGGGAUUUUGACUGACCGAAUUUUUUCGUCUCCCCGGAUUUCUAUAAUGGACGAAUCACCUGUGAAAAUCCAUAUUUAUGAUCUAUCCAAAGGACUGGCCAGGAUGUUUUCGCAGAUGUAUUUAGGCAAACAUUUGGAAGGCGUGUGGCAUACAGGUAUUGUGGUAUACGGAAAGGAAUACUUCUACGGAUCAAUGGGAAUCGAAAGCUGUCCCCCGGGUACCACUGUCUUGGGACCACCUGACACAAUUGUGGAUCUUGGAACUACUGCGUUGCCGUAUGAAAUCUUCAUGGACUGGUUGAAUGGCGCGGCUAUGACAACUUUCAAAGGAAGCCGGUACCAUUUGUUCGACCAUAACUGCAACACUUUCUCCAGUGAGCUGGCACAGUUUCUAACCGGAAAACGCCUCCCAUCUUAUGUUACCGAUUUGACUGCCGAUGUUGUCUCCACGCCUCUAGGGCAACAGAUUCGAGCGAUGUUGGAGUCGGUACAGAAUUCCGCCACUGCUACACCAGUUGGACCAGAUCCUUCACGGGAAUUUGUAUCGUCGCGUACACCUGUUUUCGAUCCCGAAGAGGAAGAACUGAUAGCAGCCGCGCAGGCGGCAGUCAGUGCUCCGCUGCCCCGGGCGACGCCGCGACUGCGUGAUCCCAAUGACAGCGAAGAUGAUCUCGAUGAUCUGCCGACCUCCGCUGUCAGCAAUCUGGAGACGAAGAAACCGAUAACCUGUAACGAUGUCGAUGUCACAGAAGCUUACGGACAGCUGCAAACCAUUCUUCACGGUAAAAUUUCAGUUGAUGACAUGGAAAUUCUGGAUGAAAUUUUUGAGUAUGCCACUGCGAGCGACGAGGCGGCUUUGCUGCUGUCCAUUUCAAAGAGCCACUUCACGUUUUUGAAUGAUAUACUGCUGAGCGAAGACCUGAAAGUCACUACAAAACUGCCGGCUGUCAGGCUUCUGCAGAGUUUAACCAGAACCUCCAGCGCGGUCAAUGUACUGCGCUUUUGUCCCGAACAUCCGGUCAUGGAGUAUCUGCUGUUUUUGGGGAAACAGAGAAAUCCAGAUAAUAUGGAGCUAGUGGAAGCACUAAAAAUGGUGUGUAAUGCCUGCAGCACGGCUUCCGGCUUCAGCUGGAUGACGGACGAGACCGAAUGGGCCGAGGACGAGGAUGCCGGGCACAGCACGUCCAACCUGCUGGCCACUGUCCAGUUCUGCGCGUGGUGCCUGUCGAAAGCGCACAAGGACGUCCAGGCCACGGCCCUCGCUCUCGCUUACAACCUCUCGAUUCCCGAUAUCCCCGAGCAGCCUGCUGCGAUUGUUUACGCAUCCCUGCUGAAGUUCAUAUCACAGCCGGCUAACUGCGCUGAUGCGGCGCUGAUGAGCACGCUGAUCGGCACGUUGAACAACUUCACCGACGCCAAUAGCGUGUUUGCCGAUCGACUGAAGACCUCCGGCAUCGACUGGGACGGCCUGCAGUCCAAGCAUCCCAAGUUGAAGGAACCCAUUAAGGCGCUUCUGCAGAAAGCGCACUAAUUGUCCGCAAUGGGCCAAUGGCACAGUGUGUGAACGCGCGGCUUUUAAUGGGUUUUUAUCAUAACUUUACUGCGGCUUCCGCCGCUCUCCUUCUCUCUCGGGAACGAUGAUGGAUUAGGUAACAAUAAAACUGACGCAUAAAAAAUGACCGGGCCAUCUGGAGCCGUUCGCAGUUUGCACUCGCCGACCGUGGCUCACAUCGACAGAUUCGUCGUUUUGGUGAUUGAUGCAGCAGCAAUUCUGGUUGCGCGUAAUUUCCUUCCAAUUGCAGUGUUUCUGUUAAUCGGCUACAGAGCACACGCUAUUAAGGAAAUGCUGAAAAUCCCUUUCUCACUUAGAUUGGCAGAUUUUGUUGAUAAGUUUGUUUAGUAGAUCACACUUCUUCAGCAGAAAUAAACACACAUAUUACGCCUGCUAAUCAAACGAUGCAAGAUUUUUGACACAGU